CUUCCGUUUUUUGACCAGCCAAAUUCUGUAUCACCCCUCCAGCCCCGCUAACCUCCUCUUCUCUCUCUCUCGACCAGGUCCCGCCCACAAUGACUACUACCUCCCACCCCCGAUCGCACACCCUCACCCCGCCAUGCCGCCUCGCCCCAGCUCCCUCCCCGGCACCAACACCCGGGCUCGAGGACAUUCCCCCGCUCCGGGCACAGUUCUUCUAUGCCUCGCACAUCCCCAUCGAUGACCCCCUCUCGCCAGCGACCAUCGCCGGCUCUUCCUCGUCGUCUUCGUCCGCCGACAAGUCGAAGCCCUCCUCCUCCAAGCUCCCGCUCCGCCCCUUCUCGCCCGGCGACAACGCUGCGCUCGAGCGCGCCUGGCUGGGGCUGGGCUCCGACCGCCACCGCCGCAUCCACGCGCUGUCGCGCCGCGACAGAAGCCCCGCCAGCGGCCUGUCGAGUGAGAACGCCGAGAAGCUGGCGGCCAUCGUCGCCGCGCUCGCGGCCAAGCAUCACGAGAAGCAUGACCGGGAAGGGCAGCAGGCGUCUGGCGCCGCAGGGGUCGCUGCUACUGCUACUACGGCGGCGGCGGCGGCGGACGGGGGGCUGGCGACUGACUCGUCGGCCAUGAUGGAUGCUCCCCUCGAGAAUGACGGGGUGUCGCUCUGCUGCGCCGAGCUGGCCAUGGACGCGUCGGCGGAGCUGAGGCGAGAGUUUUGCGCCGUCACGAGGCGCAGGCAGCCGGCCCUGGACCACGACCGCGUCUUGGAGGGCGUCAUGGCGCAGCUGGCCAGGUUGAGGAUGGAGGCUGAGGGGACGGCCGCGAGGCAGCCGUGUGACUCGGGCUUGUCUUCCACCGCGCCGGGGGCGGGCCCGGCGUUGCAUGCCGUCGGAAGCCUUGGGGCGAGGUCCUCCACCACGCCGCCCGUGGACGGGGCUCCUCCUCCCCUCGCAUCCAGCUUGCCCGUUGGGGGGCUUGUGCCCGCACGCCCGCCGGUGUUGGAUGAUGGCAUCUCGGGAAAGCCGUUUGUGAGGGUGGAGCCGGCACCGCGGUCGAACAGGUCGUCCGGGAUAGCGACCCCGGAUGACAGGCCGGCAAAGAAUGUGCUCCGAAGCAGGGCCCGGGGCGACAGUCGGGCGUCUGCUCGUGGGCGGCCAGCUGCGGAACGGCUGGAGGACUCGGUCGAGGUGCCCGUGGGCAUCUCGAGGCUCCACAUGGUCUCGCUGCCCGUUCUUCAGAUGAAGCCAAUCUACUGGUCUCCGGUCAACGACAUUGCCACGGUGUUGAGAGCCACGUGGUUCUACAGAGAUACCAUGGUGCCCGUGGAGCCCAUGGUCGCGAACCAACUCGAGGCAGGUUACCGCGAGCUUCGGCCGUGGACAGAGACCUGGAGGGAUGAGAUCAGGUCUGCUCUCGACGUCGGACCCCUGGGCGAGGAGAAAAUCUCCCAUCGACUGUGGCCGGAAGUGCCUGACAAGCGGCACAAGAACAAAGACGGCCUGCUGCCAGAGCCGCCGAUAUCGAGUGACCCGUUUUGCGCCGCCAGGUGUUUUAGCGGAGAGGCGGCUACGGAAGGAUCGCUGGAACCGGUCCAUGCGGAGGAAAAUACGGCGCUGCCGCCUCCAGAGUCUAGAAUGUAUUCAAAUCAUCAUGUCAUCUACAAGGAUGGUUCGACUGCGUUCUUGCUGAAGCCCAGCCAGAAGCCGUCCGCUUAUUAUGGCAGAAGACCUCUCUCGAAGAUCAUGAAAGGCAUCACAGUAGGCCUGCCUGUUGUGCGUGGGUUUGAUCGUGCCGCCUGGGAACGAGUGCACGAUAAGGGGGCGAGCUCGCGGGGCAAGAGCGCGGCCGCCUUGACCCCGGAGGCGGAACUACGCCAGAUCGCCGAGCAAGGCGGCUGCCCGGGAUGCCAGCUCGACAAGGACCGGGGCCAGGUGACCGACCUGGUUCUUGUCAUCCACGGUAUUGGGCAGAAGCUCUCGGAACGCGUCGAGAGCUUCCAUUUCACCCACGCAGUCAACGCCUUCCGGAGGGCCAUCAACAUUGAGCUCGAAAACCCGGCUGUCAAGUCUGUGCUCCGCCCCGGGCAGAACGGUAUCAUGGUGUUGCCAGUCAACUGGCGUCAUCUUCUAAGUUUUGAAGACGAGAAUCCCCCUCGCCAAGAGCACAGGACGGCCUAUUGCCCGGAGGGUUUCACUCUGAAGGAUAUCGAGCCACCUACGAUCCCCGCGGUCCGGAGCAUGAUCUCGGACGUCAUGUUUGACAUCCCGUACUACAUGUCGCACCUCAAACCCAAGAUGAUAGCCGCCCUUGUCGGCGAGGCCAACCGCGUCUACCGUCUGUGGUGCAGCAACAACCCGGGCUUCUCCGAGAAGGGGCGCGUCCACCUGAUCGCGCACUCCCUCGGCAGCGCCAUGGCGAUCGAAGUCCUCUCCAAACAACCCACCCGCGUCCCCCGCCCGCUGGACCUCUCCAAAUCUACCCCGGAUACCCGCUUCUUCGAGUUCGACACAACCAACCUCUUCUUGCUCGGUAGCCCCGCGGGCUUCUUCCUCCUCCUCGAGCGCAGCGGCCUGGUCCCGCGGCGGGGCCGCCUCAAGCCGGGCGCCGACGCUGCCGAUACAGUUGCCAAGGACGUGGUCGGCGAUGUCGGCAUGUUCGGCUGCAUCGCCGUCGACAACAUCUACAACAUCCUCGCCAAGGAAGACCCCAUCGCCUACCUGCUCAACGGGACCAUCGACCCAAUCUACGCCGCCAGCCUCAAGACGGCCUAUGUCCCGAGCACUAACACCUCCUUCUUCCAAUCCGUCGGCAACGCCGUGCGCGGCCUAACUGGUACUUCUCGUCACCCCGCCGCCGCCGCCGCCGCCGCAACGGCUUCCGAGCUGGGGAAGCGGCCGCCGCUCACUGCGCGCCUGCCGUCGCAGCUGGAGUUGGAGGUGCACGACUUCACGCGGGAGGAGAUUGCAGAGCGCAAGGCGUUUCUGCUCAACGACAAUGGGCAGAUCGACUACUUUCUGCGGUCGGGCGGCGGCCCGCUCGAGAUCCAGUACCUCAAUAUGCUGAGCGCCCACACGAGCUACUGGACCAACCAGGACUUGGUCCGGCUGCUGUGUGUCGAGAUUGGCCGAGAGCCCGGAAAGGCCCAUGCGUUGGCUUCGAUGAGGGCCGUCAAGACCAAGGGGCGUAUUCUCGGACAGUUUUGAUCACGAACAUUUAAUCAGCAGCCCUGGAUACGGGCGUGUGUGGGUGGCGGCUGUUGUGUGGAGUAGCAAUAUAUCAUGGCGAAAAGGAGUUCGGGUUAUUGCCGUAGGUCAGGACAGGGAGCGUGUUUCUUCAUCAUCAGCAUCUUGUCGUCGUCGUGAUGUAGCGACAAAGGCGGGUUUGGUGCUUGUAGUAGUAGUUGUAGGGGACGAAUUGUUUUUCAUGGCAUUGAUACAAUAUACCCUUUGGACCAAGACACUACUAGAUUACAACGGCACAGGCUUGUCGAUAGACGACCUCCAAGUCAGCGAUGAAUGGAGCCCGAAGGACCGAGGCUACCUACAUAGAGAUUCGUAACGGCUUCGUCGUUACCGAGGAGGAAUGGUUGUAUCUACCAAUUGGAAAAUGGCUAUAGACGCGUGCUGAAAUCCCGGGGACUACGUUAGGUGUAAACGAUGUUGUGAUUAAGUACAUUGAUAAGAAGACAUGAUGAGGUGGCCGGUAGUCCUCGAAGGAGAUAAUGAUACAAGCUGUCGUGUUGGGAACUGGAGCUGCUAUUCUUCAGCUGGAGCAGAGAACUAGUGUUUUUCAUCCCAUCGAACCUCGUCAUUUCUUGAUUGGUAAAGGUGGUGGCACCGCCAUUACCCAGCCAUUACCCAUCUAGGAAAAAAAAAAAAAAAAAAAAG